UACAAACUUAAUUUUGAAAUCUCCUAUUUUAUUUGGCUACCAUACAACUCAAGAGAAAGUGACACUUCUUAACCUUCUGCAAAAACUGGGGACUGAUAUCUUAUGAUCUAUCAGUUAUACGCUUCUGCUUGGUGUUAGCUUUUAAGGGCUACAAAAAUGGUGUAAUUUCUCAAAUGAAUUGCCUUUCUUUCAAGAAAUUGAGGGCUUUCUGCUCAUAGAGAAGCUGCAAUACCAAUGGGGGAGUUCGAUGAUGGAGAGUAUGCAGGGAUUAAUGAGGUUACAUCACCCAGAGAAAAUAAUGCUAGGAAAGUUUCAGUCUUGCCUUUACUUUUCCUCAUUUUCUAUGAGGUUUCUGGUGGUCCUUUUGGUGUUGAGGACACUGUGCGGGCAGCUGGUCCUCUUCUUGCUCUUUUGGGGUUCUUGGUUUUCCCAUUCAUAUGGAGUGUCCCUGAGGCAUUGAUUACAGCUGAAAUGGGCACCAUGUUCCCUGAAAAUGGUGGUUAUGUUGUGUGGGUUUCAUCGGCUUUAGGUCCUUAUUGGGGCUUUCAGCUAGGUUGGAUGAAAUGGUUGAGUGGAGUCAUUGACAAUGCACUUUACCCUGUUUUGUUCUUGGAUUAUCUGAAAUCAGCCAUCCCUGCAUUAGGUGGCGGGCUUCCUAGAGUACUAGCGGUUUUGGUCCUUACUGUGAUUCUUACUUACAUGAACUACAGAGGCUUAACUAUUGUAGGAUGGGUUGCUGUUUCGCUUGGUAUACUGUCAAUUCUUCCUUUUGUGGUUAUGGGGCUCAUUUCGAUUCCCAAAUUAAGGCCUUCAAGAUGGUUAGUGGUAGAUGUACAAAGUGUUGAUUGGAACUUGUAUCUGAAUACUCUCUUCUGGAAUCUAAAUUACUGGGACUCAAUAAGUACUCUUGCUGGAGAAGUACAUAACCCAAAGAAGACUCUACCUAAAGCUCUCUUUUAUGCUGUUAUUCUAGUUGUUCUGUCCUACUUUUUCCCUUUGUUAAUUGGUACCGGAGCUGUUCCUCUUGAGCGUGACUUAUGGACUGAUGGCUAUUUCUCUGAUAUUGCGAAAAUACUGGGUGGAGUCUGGCUCAGAGUUUGGAUUCAAGGGGCAGCUGCAGCGUCAAAUAUGGGAAUGUUUGUGGCCGAGAUGAGCAGCGACUCUUUUCAGUUACUUGGUAUGGCAGAGAGGGGUUUGCUGCCUGAGUUCUUCUCUAAGAGAUCUCGUUACGGAACUCCUUUAUUUGGGAUCCUCUUCUCAGCUUCUGGUGUGAUUUUACUGUCAUGGCUGAGCUUUCAAGAGAUAGUAGCUGCAGAAAAUUUCUUGUAUUGCUUUGGCAUGAUCUUGGAAUUUAUAGCAUUUGUAUUGUUAAGGAUGAAGUGUCCCCAUGCACCACGCCCAUUCAAGAUACAUGGGGGAACUGUUGGAGCCAUCAUAUUGUGUAUACCUCCAACCGUUCUCAUAUGUGUUGUUUUGGCCUUGUCUUCAUUCAAAGUCAUGGUUGUAAGCCUUGCUGCCGUUGCAAUUGGUUUGGUGAUGCAACCUUGUCUUAAGCUUAUCGAGAAUAAGAGAUGGUUGAAGUUCUCUGUUAGUUCUGAUCUUCCUGAUGAUAUUACAACACAUGAACCUUUACUUCGUUGAUUCCCUAAAGUGCUUUAUAAGGUACAACUACUCCACUAAUCAUGACAGCAGUGAUAAUAUGGAAUCUUCAAAUGCAGAAUUAUCAUGGAAUGCAUGAAAACAGUGUGAAACCGGUAGAAGUGGUUGUCGAGGUUUGGAUGAUCCUUCUCUUUAAGAAUCUUAUCGAAGCUUCUAAUCUUGUAAGCUUUAUUUGCCUCGCUCUUGUACCUAUUUUUUUAGUCUUUGUAGCUACAAUUUCUAGAGCAUCAAUAGCAGAACAGGUUUAUCAAAGGUUUAAUUAUCCUUUUUCUCUUUAUGGAUCUUAUAGCGGUAGCUUCUACUUUUGUAUUCUGUAUUUCCCAUCAUUUGUGCCUAUAUAUAUUUGUGUCAAGUAGUAUAAGUGAUGGUCAUUCAGGAAUGCUUCAGAAACAGACGCUGAUUUGUUUUUAUGAA